UUACCAAAGGCUCUUGCCAUUCACAUUUCUUCCAUAAAUGUGCGAAAUAACAGUUUUUGGAUCUAAAAUUCGCAUGAAAUUUGGUCUAUCACCGAUCGCAUGGCGUAUACUUAACCACCCGCAGCAGAGCAGAUGUUAGAGACUGUGUCGCAAGCUGAAAAAAUACUUUUUUUUAUCAAAAGAAUGUGAAAGCAUACUGCAAAGAAAGCAAGAGAGAAGAGCGAAAAAAAAAACAAAGAAACACCAGUUUGCAAAGUAAAGCCUGAAGCUAAUAGUUGCUUAGCUGCUUCUUUUCAAAAAGUGUGGGCGUCAGCUUGUGUGUGGCAUCUAUGCCACGCUAAUGCCAACUGUGGCAUACAGCAAAGCAUCACUAUUUGCAUAUACCGCAUAAAGAGCAGCAACAAGAACAACAAUAAAAGCAAGAAUUAGAAGCACACCAGUCAGCAGAAACUCGUCGCAAGCCAAGCCAGCAAAAGGUGUCACGAAUACAAGCGUGAGUUUCAACAGCAACAAGGAUACCAAAGAAGCUAAAACUACAAUAAAAAGCACAUCAACAACACAGCCGAACAAACAUGAAAAUGAAAGCCAAACAUAAAACGUGUGUUGUGGCGGCGGCGGCAGCCGCAACUGGUGUCGGUGUGGGUGCGGGUGAGAAAAUGAAAUCGGUGAUAUUGUAUCCAUAUGGACCGCUAACGGGGACAGGAUGUUGUCGGAUGUUGCAUGCGAAAAAUUUGGCGUUAACAAGUGCGAUUUACACAAUUAAUAUGUCACUUUUAAUCGUUUUAAUAUACUCAUGGCGUAUAAAUGUGAAUAUGCGUAAAGCGGAGACGCUGGAGGAUGUUUACUAUGGUGUUCAAAUAGCAUAUUUCGCCAUUAUUGGCACACAAAUGUCCAUGAUAGUGCUAAGUGUUAUGCUCAUAUUCGGAAUUUAUAAGGAAAACCCUGGUCUCAUAGUACCAUGGAUAAUUGGUUACAUCACUUUCAUGGCAUUGGAGGCAGUGGCCAUGGUCUACUCCAAUGUUUUGCGAGAUCAUGUAAAUAAGCAAUUCGAUUCUAUGUGUAAAGCAGAGGUGGCCUUCUUCAUAGCCCGUGCAGUCAUUAAUGUGAGUACUGAUGUGAACGAUGCAUAUUUAUAA